AUGUUAAAUCCAACGAAAGAUCCACUGACUGUUCAACCAUCGUCGACGACAACUCUAAUGCCUGCCGCAUCGUUUUUGCCUCACCAGCAAUACUCUCACUCAACCAUUGAAAAUAAGUUAAUCAGAUUGGGACAACCAAAAUUGGCAAACGACAGAGUUGAGACGGAUAGCCUUUCGCCGUCAUCCCAAACAUCCACUCUAUCUUCGGCAACAGCUUCGACUCCAUUACCUUCGUCUUCAUCUUCCUUGUCACAAUCGCCUCCACCAACAGUCACGUCCAUGUCAUUACGAGCAGCUGAUGACUUCAUAAGAUCAAGCACUCGGAAUGCCGGGCAGUUGCACCAUCAAUCUCAACAACCAGUACAGGAAUCAAUACUUUCAUCGUCUUCAUCUUCAGUGUCGCAACGAAGUAAAUAUCCUAGAGAAACAAUUCGUAAUCCGUUCCGGACAAGCGACCUAGAAGCGUUUUUCGAAUAUCACCAACAAAUAAUGACUACUCAACAAUAUAGUGGUGAAAGGCGCAAUAGAACAUUCUCAAGACAUCAGCCUGAACAUAGCAUUCAACAGCAGGCUCGCAGGUGUGAGUUAAAGCGACGAUCCAGUCAACAUGAAGGAUUUCAACACAACAGACAAUACACCACAACAGAAUCACUGGAUGUAUCAACAUCGUCAGGUAGGACAUUACAAGCUAACACAAUCAAUGAUGAAAUAUCACGUAUUGAUAAUAUUGCACCUACGUCGUCGACAAAUACUCGGAAAAAAGCGCGCUCUACAACAAAUAAUAAUUAUUACAUAAGUAGUAGUAAUAGUACUACAUCGAAGACUGCUGAGUAUGAUGACGCUAAUGCCAAAUUUAAAGACUUCUCCAUUGAUUCACUUCUAAAAUCAGAUUAG